AUGGACGCCGUGCCCCAAAUAUAUCUCGAAGACCAAGUAUUGGAUUUUCUACCGUACAUUCUCGACAACAAGGACACCGCAACUCUCCUAAUUAUCUGCUCGGGAAGAAGUGAAUUUUCCAGACGAGUGUUCGCGACCGUACGCACCCAGACCCUUGAUAGCUGCCCAUUGUUCACCAAAACUCUUGGGUUGCUCUCCAGGUCCUCGCGGACCAAAGUGGCCUAUUGUCCGACCCUGGAGCAUCUUCGUGCCUACCUCUCUGUGCUGCAUUUUAACGAUAUUGCCGGACAGGACACAGUUGCUGUCGGAGAGCAACAGUCGUGUCGGCCUUUAUUGGCGAUUCUUGACCCGUUGGCUUUACAUCAUUCCACCUCUGAAUUUUCCGCCCAAGGACUGUCCAGAACGUUUGCCGCUGUGGUCGAGACUGCUGCGCGCGAGGCAGCGGACCUUGUACUCUGUGAAUGCCAAGAUGUUACACGUCCUGACAACAGCGGCCUGACAUUAUGGGAUGCUCAUGUGCCGCUGCUCAACAGCUCCGUGCGAACCGGGAGAGACGAAAGUACCUGGGGCGGACAGAAUGUUCCUGUGAGACACAUAGCACAGCGGUGGUUCGAAUUCAGCGAUCCGAGGAACUCGACUACUACAGAUAGUCUGGAUGUGUAG